AUGGAAAUUAACUGUACAAGAUUAAUAAAUCGUAAAAUCUCCCUCAUACAGGAUGUUACCAAGCUGACGCCUCUUUCACCAGAAGUCAUCAGCAGACAAGCAACAAUUAAUAUAGGUACAAUUGGUCAUGUAGCCCAUGGAAAGUCGACAGUAGUCAAAGCUAUAUCUGGAGUUCAUACUGUCAGAUUUAAAAAUGAACUGGAAAGAAAUAUCACAAUCAAGCUGGGUUAUGCUAAUGCAAAGAUAUACAAGCUGGAUGACCCAAGCUGUUCUCGGCCAGAGUGUUACCGGUCCUGUGGAAGUAGCACCCCAGAUGAGUUUCCUACAGAUAUUCCUGGCACAAAAGGGAACUUCAAACUAGUCAGGCAUGUCUCUUUUGUGGAUUGUCCUGGGCAUGAUAUUUUGAUGGCUACUAUGUUGAACGGCGCAGCAGUAAUGGAUGCAGCUUUACUGUUGAUAGCUGGUAAUGAGUCAUGCCCUCAACCCCAGACCUCAGAACACCUAGCUGCUAUAGAAAUCAUGAAACUGAAACACAUUUUGAUUCUACAGAAUAAGAUUGAUUUGGUGAAGGAGAGCCAGGCUAAAGAACAGUACGAGCAGAUUCUUGCAUUUGUACAAGGUACAGUUGCAGAAGGAGCUCCAAUAAUUCCAAUCUCUGCACAGUUGAAAUACAACAUUGAGGUAGUUUGUGAGUAUAUAGUGAAGAAAAUCCCAGUCCCAUUGCGAGACUUCACAUCUGAACCAAGGCUUAUUGUAAUUAGAUCUUUUGAUGUCAAUAAGCCUGGCUGUGAAGUCGAUGACCUUAAGGGGGGUGUAGCUGGUGGCAGUAUUCUAAAGGGUGUUUUAAAGGUGGGCCAGGAAAUUGAGGUCCGGCCUGGUAUUGUGUCCAAGGACAGUGAAGGAAAACUCAUGUGCAAGCCAAUCUUUUCCAAAAUUGUGUCACUCUUUGCUGAACACAAUGAUCUACAAUAUGCUGCUCCAGGAGGUCUGAUAGGUGUUGGAACUAAGAUUGAUCCAACUUUGUGUCGGGCUGACCGAAUGGUAGGCCAGGUUCUUGGUGCAGUUGGAGCACUGCCAGAAAUAUUUACAGAGCUAGAAAUUUCCUAUUUCUUGCUGAGACGACUAUUAGGUGUGCGCACUGAAGGGGACAAGAAAGCUGCAAAGGUGCAAAAACUAUCAAAGAAUGAAGUUUUAAUGGUAAACAUAGGAUCCCUAUCUACUGGAGGGAGAGUCAGUGCAGUAAAGGCUGAUUUGGGGAAGAUUGUGCUAACUAACCCAGUAUGCACAGAAGUGGGAGAAAAAAUUGCCCUGAGUCGAAGAGUUGAGAAACACUGGCGUUUAAUUGGUUGGGGUCAAAUCAGAAGAGGAGUAACAAUCAAGCCAACUGUUGAUGAUGACUGAAGAACAAAUGAGAGUGCUUCAUUUUUAAAGUGAAGUGCCUAUUUCUAUUUUGGAGGGGGUAUAUUUUCACAGUGGAAUUGGAAGCUGUGCAAACUUUCUUUGAGUUGUAUGGCUGUCCUUAUACAUUUUAUUGAAUUUUACCCUCUUACUAAAAUACUAGUCCCUAUCACCAUGUCAAAUGUAAAAGAAUAGGCAUAAAAGUGGGCCUAAUUAUCCAUAUUUUAGUAGAAAUCAAUUGUACAUGUCCCAUGGCAUGUCAAACUUAUCUUACAUUGUGUUCCAGACAUAUCUGUUUAAUAAUCAGUCAAGCCAACCCCAGUGUAACAUGCAAACUAUAAAUCUGGUAUUGAAAUAAAAUAUUGCUUAUUUUCAUUAA